AAGAACUCAGCACUUCCCCCCCAGCUGUGUCACUGCCAGGCAGGAGAGGCUGAGGGCACCAGGACACGCUGGGCAGCCCCCAGUGAUGCCCCUUCCCUGGGCCUGAGGAUGGCCAUGGAGCUGAGAGCCCUCUUCCUGCUGCCACUCUGCUUCCCAGGUCUCCAAGGCCAAGCCCCAGAAGCCCUGAGACUACGGGAGGGGGACACUCUGUACAUCCAGUGUCCUUAUGCAGAGGGGACUCUUGACUAUCAGACAAAAUACUGGUGCCUCCUGAAAGAUGGAAAAUGUCAGGAAUUAGUGAACACCUACAGCAAACAAUUCUCCCAGGAUAGGAGAAUUAAAAUAGAUGAUGAUGCCAGAACUAAGACUUUUUCUGUCACCAUGGUUGCCCUCAAGGCAGAGGACUCGGGCACAUAUUUCUGUGCUAUUUACAAAUCUUACUAUGAUUAUUCACGGCUAAGGACGAUCUCACUGAUUGUUUUCAGGGAGCUGCUGCAGUGGGAGCUGGACACCCUGACAGUGCAGUGCCCAGCGGGGAGUGGUGCCUGGUGCCGAGGGCAGGCUGACUGCACAGCCCUGGUGAGCAGACAAAGAUCUUCAAAACAGAGUGAAAUCAAAUCCCAGCGAGACAGAGUGACAAUGCAGUAUCAUGCUCAAGGGCCUCUUGUCACCAUGAAGAACCUGCAGAUCCAGGACUCUGGUGUGUACUGGUGUGCACCGGGGGACUCCAGGCACACCCAGAAAAUGGAGGUCGUGCUCUCUGUGUUCAGGAGGACCCAGAAGCUCACAGCCAAGGAGUCAGGCACCGUCUCUGUCCAGUGUCACUACAAGAUCGCCGACUACAGCACUGCCAGCAAAGCCUGGUGCAAAAGGGAAGAGGGGAAAACGUGCAGCGUGCUGGCCACCACCAGAUCAGAGUCCCCAGCAGCAAACAGCACGGCUCGGGAGGGUGUCAGGAUCCAGGAUGACACCCAGCAGGGCAUUGUCACCGUCACCAUGGAGCAGCUGCAGGUGCAGGACUCGGGCGUGUUCUGGUGCGCGCUGCAGGACGGCUCCGGGCUGCUCCGCAUGGAGGAGGUCACGCUCAGCGUCUCCAAGGCAUUGCCUCGAGGAGGUUUUCCAGACUCUGGAAGCCAAAGUCAAGACGAUCUUUUGGGUGACAGCUGCAGUGGGAACACCUUCCUCGUCCUGUCCGUGGUGCUGCUCCUCCUGCUGCUGCUGGCCCUCCUCAUCUGCAUAGCCCUGGGUGUCAGGUACUACAGGCUGCUCCUGAGAACAGGUGUCAGAGAAGCAGAGGACACCAGUGACAGAGCAGAAGGCACAGCACAGCCUGGCAGCCCUGGGAGGAGGGAAAGUUCCCAGGAUGACAGCAAAGGGCCAGCAUACAUCAACCUGGAUGUGCAAUCCCCCCCCAGCCCUGAGGAUCCUCUUUACUGCAACGUGGAGCUGAGCCAGGCUCCCAGGAACCCCCAGCACGUGGAAUAUGCCAUCAUUGCCUUCAACCCACCCCCAAGGGCCGGCAGGGAAUGAGCACAGAAUCCCAAACAAGCCAGAAAUGGGAGGAAGGAACUGGAAUACACGGUGGGGAUGAGGAGCAGGAGGUGUGUGUGGUGCUGCCUGAGCAUUUUCAGCCCUCCCUCCUGUUUUGGGAAGCAGAGGUUUUGCCAACCUCGGGUCAGGCAGAGCUGUGGGGGAACUCCCAGAUCUCUUGUACAUCUGCUUUUCCAAUCCCAUUAAAGUGCAGAAUGGUGAGAGGCAGGUGUGGAGGCCUGGCCUGGUGAGAAGGAGCAGUGUGGACACGGCUGGGUGGGAUAUCCUGGCACAAACCCUGCCCCAAUCCCAAGAAUUCACCUGUGGUCAAGCAAACUCAUCCCAGUGCUGCAGGGAUGGAGCUCAGGCCUUGCUGUGGCUGGGUUCACUUUCAUGGAACGGGCUGGGGACGAGUGCUGGAUUCCAAGAAUAAGCAGAAGCAGCUCCUGCACUUCCCUGUCUCUGCUGGAAACGCUCCAAAUGACACAUUUGAUUUUACAGUCAUGUGGGGAGCAACGUGAAAUGAGUUUAUGGGGCUCAGUUCCAUUUCUCCAGGAGCUCUGGCUCCUGAUUUCCCUGCCCCAAGCCCUGCUGGAGGAGAGGGACCAAAGGGGCCUGAACCAGCCCUCAUUCCCAGGCCAGUCACAUCCCACAGGCUCCUCUUGCCAGGGCUGCAGCAGGGAGGCUGAUGGAAAUUUUUUGAGAUUUUUCAGAGCUGACCUGACAGAAAGAAAAAGAAAAUGGUUCUGGAAAUGGUUCAUUCAGCCCAACAUUCCCCCAACAAUUUGCUCUUCGUGCAGUUGCACUGGGUCAAGCUGUGGAAGAGUAAUAGCAAAAAACAGUGGAGUGGAAGAGAGGCAUUUUUGGGAAGAUUCUUGAAGAGAAUCCAGAUUUGUGCUCGCUGGAAUGAGAAGGAACAAAAGCUGCAAUCAGUCACCUGACAGAGAAUUUCUGGUCACUUUGAGGGACCAUUUUCUCAACCACUAACUCAAGGAAAGGCACAUUUAGGAAUGGCCAGGCCUGCAGGUUUAGCACCACACCAGUCUCAAAGCCAGGGUCUGUUUGUACUUUCAUGGAAGAUCUCCAAGCAAAUAAAUCACCUUAAAAAUAAAA